AUGCGUUACUGCGUUACCUGUAAAGAAACGUUUGAUUUUAGUCCCAGAAAACAAAAGCAUAUUCGUCAUUUUGAAAAAGCAUUCUGUAUACCAUUCAUCGAAUCAUUAAAAGAAUUAAUAGCGAUGCCGGAAAUCCAUGACUGUUUGACCAGCAGUUCACAAUUCAAUCCGACGAUACUUACAGAUUUAACGUCUGGCCACUUUUGUCAAGACCAUCCACAUUUUCGGGAUCCAAAAAGUAUAAAAGUAAUUUUAUAUUAUGAUGACAUUGGUAUCACAAACCCAUUGGGAACAAGAGACCGAUCAGUAUGUAUGUUCUACUGGUCUUUAGCAAAUUUACCUCGUUACGUCAGAAGUCAAGAUCGAUGUAUGAUGCUCCUUGCCAGUGUCGAGAAGAAGUACGCCAAAAAACAUGGAUUCAAAGGAGUUUUAUCGGAUUUCUUCGAUUCGAUCAAACAAUUACAAUCGAGUCGAGAUGGAUUACGACGUAUAUCAAGACCAAAUAUUUGCAAAAUUCGUCAGAUGGAACAAUAUUUAAAACAAUGUGACCAAAUCAGCAAAGCCGAUGGCCGAAGAAAAGCAAUAUUACAAAAGAACUUCGGUAUUAUAUCGGAAUCACCAUUUACUGCCAUCAAUGGUUUUGAUGUUUUUAAACAAACAACGAUUGACGUGAUGCACGUACUAUUAGAAGGUAUUUAUACACAAUAG